AUGUCGGGAGUGCAUCCUACAGCUUCAAAAACUCGUCGCCAGUCUCCUCAAGCUGGGAGAACGGACCAGCCGCCUCGAGAGUCUAACCUCACCUCGGUAGCCACGAUGGUUGUUGCUAUCUGUGUGGCGAUUGCUGCCCUUGCAGCUGCUGUCUUAGCGGAGCACCCUCUCUUCAAUGAGCACAACAAACGCUCACUUGAUGAGAGUGCAGAGUUUUCUCUCAACGUGUCUUCUUGCCCAGGCUACACUCUAUCAUCAUUGGAAGAAUCUGCAGUCGGACUCACCGCACACCUGGCCCUCGCUGGUCCUUCAUGUGAUGCUUUCGGACAUGAUAUUGCCGACCUCACACUCCAGGUUACCUAUGAGUCAGACAAGAGGCUGCACGUGAACAUCUUCGAUACGGCCAACUUACAAUUCACCAUUCCGCCUUUUGUUGUGCCUCUGUCAUCGCCGCCGACGGAAGAUUUCACGAAGACCUCUGACCUUGUGUUCAACUAUGAUUCUAACCCUUUCGCGUUUUGGAUCACACGCCGCUCUGAUCCGGAUGCCAUGCCCUUAUUCGACACGAGGGCGAGCUCCCUACCGUCCACGCCGAUUUCGUCGGUGUCUGCGGGCGCGAGUACGGUAUCGCUCGAUGGUUUCCCACUUGUAUUCGAAGAUCAGUAUCUGCAACUGACGUCGGCGCUUCCGUUUGGCACGAACAUCUAUGGCUUAGGCGAAGUCGUGGCAACCAGUGGAUUUCGGCGAGAUAUUGGCACCGGUGGUGGGGUAGGAACGAUCCAGACGAUGUGGGCACGGGAUGAUGCGGAUCCCUUGAACCAAAACAUCUAUGGGUCGCACCCCAUCUAUGUCGAACAUAGGUAUAACGAGACCACACAAAAGGCCCAAUCGCACGGUGUCUUCUUAUUCAGCGCAUCCGGGUCAGACAUACUUUUGGUCACUCCACCAUCGUCACCAGUUUCUCUCGUACAAUACCGUCUCAUUGGAGGAACGCUCGAUUUCUACUUCUUCUCUGGACCUAGUUCACAUGAAGUCAUAGAGCAAUACGGUGAGCUCAUUGGCCUGCCAACAUGGCAGCCAGUGUUUGGAUUCGGAUUCCAUCUUUGUAGGUGGGGAUAUGAGAACCUCACUGUAACCAGGGACCAAGUUAUCAGAAUGCGGGAGGCCAAUAUCCCACUGGAAGUGAUGUGGAACGACAUUGACUUGUAUCACGCUGUGCGGGACUUUACAUCUGAUCCCGUCUCGUUCCCUGGGAAUGAGAUGCGGGAGUUUAUUAAAGAAUUGGCUGAAAAUCAUCAACACUAUAUUCCCAUCGUCGAUGCUGCCGUAGCUAAGCAAGUCAAUGCUACCGAUAUCUAUGAUCCAUAUACAAGAGGUGUGGAGCUCGAUGUUUGGAUGAAGAACCCCGAUGGGUCGGAAUACGUCGGCGAAGUUUGGCCCGGUUACACGGUGUUUCCAGACUGGUUCUCCAAUUCCACCCAGGGAUAUUGGGAGGAAGCGCUGAGAAAUUGGUCCCACGGCGGGAUCGAAUUCUCGGGGAUUUGGCUGGAUAUGAACGAGGUGUCUUCUUUCUGCGACUAUUCAUGUGGGACUGGAGCUGACCUGUCGACACCACCCCCGAUAUUGCUUCCCGGGGAGCCGGGCGACCUCGUGACGGCGUAUCCGGAAGGGUACAACGCGACGGUCUGGGGACCCAGUGGUAACAUGACCAUCAACGGGACAUUGACAUAUGGCGUGGACAGCUCCGCGGUUUCUGCUUUAGACAAGCGUGGGAUAGGUGCUGGAGAUCAACCCGGCGUCAACCUGAAUUAUCCCCCGUACGCCAUACACAAUGGUUUCGGUCCCUUGAAUGUUCAUACCAUUGCCACAAACGCCACGCAUGCGGGUGGAUAUGUUGAGCUUGACGUGCACAAUAUGUGGGGGCUUAUGGAAGAGAAAGCUACGCAUAUGGCGGUGCAAGAAAUCCUCGGCACCCGUCCGUUCCUCAUCAGUCGGUCGACCUUCCCUAGCUCAGGAAGGUGGUCUGGUCACUGGCUUGGCGACAACUACAGCAAAUGGAAUUACAUGCACUAUAACAUCCAAGGCGCGCUUCAAUUCCAAGUUUUCCAAAUUCCGAUGGUCGGUGCGGACACAUGCGGAUUUACUGGUAACACGGACGAGGAACUGUGCAACCGUUGGAUGCAGCUGUCGGCGUUCAUGCCUUUCUACAGGAACCAUAAUCAAUUAGGUGCAAUUCCGCAGGAGCCGUACCGCUGGGACAGUGUAGCGAGCGCAUCGCGCACUGCAAUUGCCAUCAGAUAUUCGUUGCUUCCGUACUGGUACACGCUGUUUGCCAAUGUCUCAUCGCACGGAACACCUGUCAUUCGCGCUCUAUUCUAUGAGUUCCCGAACGAGCCCGAAUUGUUCUCCAUCGACAGCCAGUACCUGAUUGGGCGUGAUAUUCUCGUCACUCCCGUGUUGACGCCGAAUGUGUCGUCGGUGGAAGGCAUAUUCCCCGGGAGAGGCCAGACCAUCUGGCGCGACUGGUACACGCACGAAGUAGUCAAUGCAAGUGUGGGCGGCAACACGACUCUCGAUGCACCAAUCGGACAUAUCAAUGUUCACAUCCGCGAUGGCUCAGCCAUUCUUCUGCAUGCACAACCUGCGUACACUAUAGCAGAGACCCAAGCUGGCCCAUACAAUCUACUUAUCUCCCUGUCCGCUGACGGGUACGCGUUCGGUACCGCCUAUAUUGACGACGGAAAGACCAUCCCGCCGACGCCCAACACCACUCUGACUUUCGAGGUCUCGGACGGUGUUCUGCACAUCUCUAACAACGGGUCGUACGAUGUUGCGCAAAAGCUCGACUCCGUGACGAUUCUUGGCACAGCCGACGUCGGACCGUCGAUGGUAAUGGUCCAGGGGGAGCAGAGUGCACACUGGGAGUUCAACGAGGGCAAAGAAGAGCUCAUCAUCUCCAACCUGGAUCUUGACCUGAACACCGCCGCAUUUAUCUCGUGGGCGUGA